AUGGCCGGCGCCGGCAUCUCGACUUCAGCCGGCAUUCCCGAUUUUCGGUCUCCAGGCACAGGCCUCUACGACAACCUGCAAAAAUACGAUCUGCCAUAUCCAGAGGCCAUCUUUACUUUGGAUUACCUGCGCUCCAAGCCCGAGGCCUUUUUCACCUUGGCCAAAGAGCUCUAUCCUGGCAACUUUGACCCGACCCCCUGCCACUACUUUAUCAAGCUGCUGCAGGACAAAGGCGUCCUCUUACGGCACUACACCCAGAACAUUGAUACCUUGGAACGGGCUGCGGGCGUCCGUGAUGACUUGCUCGUGGAAGCGCAUGGCUCUUUUGCCCAGGCGGCGUGCAUCGACUGCAGUCACCGUCAUGACACAGAAUGGGUCAAAUCACAAAUUGACAAGGAUGCCGUGCCACGCUGUGAAAGCUGUGGGGGCAUUGUCAAGCCCUCCAUCGUUUUUUUUGGCGAGGAUCUACCUCGCCGAUUUGGUCAGCUUGUGAGCGAGGAUUUCGAAAAGUGCGAUCUUUUGAUCGUGCUCGGUACUUCGCUCACUGUUCAUCCCUUUGCCGGCUUGGCGACCAUGCCCAAGCCCGAGGUACCACGACUCCUCAUCAAUCGCGACAGUGUUGGCGAGCGUGACAUCCUCAAUCCCGAUGGCUUUGACUUUAUUCGAACGAAUCGAGAUGCGCGUUAUUUGGGAUCUUGCGAUGACGGGGUGUGGCAUUUGGCUCGCGGCCUAGGGUGGGCCAGUGACUUUGAGGCCCUGCUGCCCGAAAAAUGGCGCGAACGGGCACCGCUGCCUCUGGACCCGACCGAUCGCUCCUCAGCCGAGGCCAAGGGUGGCGAUGACCGCAGCACAGACACCGAAUACGAAAGCGAGGCCGAGGCAGGCGUGAGCAGCAACGGUGGGAGUGACACCGAGGACGACACCGACGCAGCACGGCAUCGCCAAGACGUGAUCAAUGCCGUGGCCCAUGUUGAGGCCACAGUCAUGGCGUCUGAGCAUGAAGCCCAGCCUGCCAAGGACUAG